ACAGCUCUCCAUCACGCAGUCAUGAACAACAUUCCUAUGGCUGUGCGGAUGCUGCUUGACGUGAGGGCUGAGACGACUAUAGUAAACAAGGAAGGACUCACUGCCUUAGGCAUUGCGCGAGUUCGUCUACGUCCGGACUCAACGGUGCGUCAUCUCCUAACUGAGGACGAGCAGCUGCAAAAUCUUGCUCGAAUUACGUCGAUUCCGAAACAAACUCUGGAAGACAACGUGUACAAGCUCGCGUUUUUCGUUCCAUGGCUGGUGUUUCCUCUCGCGUGCUACGUGAUCAUGACGGUGAAUGGAGCGCUCUACAUCAUACUGUCGCUCUCCAUCUUAUUGGCUGCUGCAAUGCUGCUACUUAAACUGGUUCAGCGAGGCUCCUACGGUGACAAGAGGAAGGCGGCAUCGCUUAUGUUCGGAGUCAACGUCGCGUCCAUCGUGUAUCUUGUUGGCAGUUUUCCUCGAUUCUGUGGUUACUGCAGUACUACUUUUUGUGCCAUUACAGCAGUAUCCUGCACUAUGAUCGGUGUCACAUUGUUUAAAACAGCCACAUCCGACCCGGGCGAGGUGUUCACAUCAUACGACGAGAAGCUUCAUAACAUUCGUUAUCUCGUCGAAUCCAAGUUACCCAGCGCGACUAAGUUGUGUCUUACAUGUUUACACAAGAGACCGCUACGUGGGAAACACUGCGCAGAAACAAACUCUUGUAUCGCCAAGUUCGACCACUACUGCCCCUUUGUAGUGAACGCCAUUGGUGCGCGCAACCAUGCAGCUUUCCUGGGAUUCCUCUUCUCGGCCGUAUUGUCAAUUAGUUUGGAACUUAUCGCGUGUUGGCGUUUUGCUCGUGCUCAACCGAAACUUGUGGCGGACUUUACUGUUCACUGGCAAUAUUGGAAGUGGAACACAUCGUUGUGGGCUUUUCUUUCGGGUGAAAAUGUUGCAGCUGUCGGUACUCCCGGAUUGUUCGACUGGAUUUGGAGUGUGGCUCAUUUCCAGCCAUUUUUGUUCUGCGUCAUGUUGCUGGACGUCGUGCAGAUCGCGUGGAUCGCGUACAUGUUGUUCUUCCACGUUUACCUCAUGUGUGCGGCUCUCACGACGAACGAGGUCGUCAAGAACGAAAAUCUCGAUCGUGCGUAUUCUCGAGGUGUUGUAAACAACAUUGUCGACUUUUUGGGGCUACCAGGACAGCGACCGGUGGACUGGCGUCGCAUUUAUAAUCUGGAAGAGUUCAAAAACCAGAUUGCGUUGUCUUCAGGUCCGAUGAGGAAGGAUCUGUGAGUAUGAGUAUGGACCGAGUGGCUUAACAGCCAAAGUAACGCAUUGGUCUGUUGACAACAAGAUGGUCUUUGUGUUUUUGAUUAAAGAAUGCGCUCGAUACAGCGUAGACGUGCACUACGGGAGCGUGAGUUGAUUGCGAUCUCUUCAUCUGUAGCUUUGGUGGCUUUACGACGUGGGAGGCGGAAGCGCUUGUUCUUUAAUGGAUCGAUGAUCUCUUCGUCUUCAUCUUCUUCAUCAAUAUCUUCAUAUUCCCACUCAUCCUCUUCAUCGUCUCCAAUUCUACCCUUCAUGUCCUGUAAAACGAAGGUUAGAAAAUAUACAACAUGUCCAUUUCUAGAAUUUAGAGCGUACUAGAUCGCGGAAAAAGUCCUUAAUCGGUCGAUCUUCCAAUGAAUGGAACGCGAUGGUCACUACCAUCCAAGCACAUCGUUAGUGGUUAACACAAUACACCAACAACGUCAGUUG